AGAGAGAAAAUGGGAAGUGAAGAAGAGAGUACAGUGAAGGAGCCAUUGGAUCUCAUUAGACUCAGUCUUGACGAAAGAAUCUACGUUAAACUCCGUUCCGACAGAGAACUACGUGGCAAACUUCAUGCUUAUGAUCAGCAUCUUAAUAUGAUUCUUGGUGAUGUUGAAGAAAUUGUGACCACAGUUGAGAUUGAUGAUGAAACCUAUGAAGAGAUAGUUCGGGCUACGAGGCGGACUAUUCCAUUCCUAUUUGUUCGUGGAGAUGGUGUAAUACUGGUGUCUCCUCCACUUCGGACUACCUGAUCAGGGGAGGCAUAAUCGUGUAUCGAAAUCUGCAAGCACGCUAUAUUUGGUUUAAGGUGCUGCAGUUGACUCAAUAGACUAUUGUCGGGGAAGGUGGUCUGUGUAGCACAUUUGGUUUUCGAAGCAAAAGACUAUUAAUUUUGCAAUGCUUGUGAUCUCUCUAGUAUUCGAUAUUUGUAACCUGAGCUUUAGAAGUUUAUGUAAUUGUUUAGGGCCUGAUGAGUCUUGAACUGCGUAGUGAUCACAUGAAUCUUUUACUGCAUAUCUAAGGUUACAACUGUAAAAUGAAAAGUCAAUUGGCAUGCAAAUUGAUCAUCGGAUACUGUUAGUCUGCUA